AUGGGCAACGGGACCGAGGCUUGCAAUUUUGUUGAAGACGUUAAUUCCUCCUACAAUCCACCAAUACUUCUUAUAACCUUUAUCCUCGGAUUUAUUGGAAAUGUGGUUGCUUUGUGGAUCUUCAGUUUUCAUGUCAAAUCCUGGAAACCAAACACAGUUUAUUCCCUGAACCUGGCGAUUGCAGACACUCUAUUAAUCUGUUGUUUACCGUUUCGAGCAGAUUACUUUAUCCGGGGGAAGAACUGGAUUUUUGGUGAUGUAGCUUGUCGUCUGAAGAUCUUCAUGAUAUUUUUAAAUCGCACGGCCAGUGUCAUUCUCCUCACUGUUAUGGCGAUUGAUCGGUAUUUUAAAGUGGUCCACCCUCACCACAGGAUGAACAAGAUGCCGACAAGGUGUGCAGUGAAGGUAGCCGGCAGCUUGUGGAUUUUUGCAGUGGCAAUUUCGUUCCAUUUUUUAACUGAAUGCCACAAGUUCAGGCACAACAAUCGGACAUUCUGUGAACCCGUUCACAUCCACGAUCACUCGACUAACGCCAUUUGGACCGAUAUCGUUUUCAUUAUUUUUAAGUUUGCUAUUCCGUCUUCGAUUCUCCUCUUCUCUACGUCUCGCAUUAUUCAUAAAUUAACACAGAUGAAAACUGAAAUAAGGCGCAAAUAUAAACGAGCGAUGAAGCUUGUGAUCGCGGUGGCUGCAGUGUUUGUGAUUUGUUUCUUACCCACAAACAUUGCUGUUAUUGCUGUGUUAAUCACGAAGAACAUCAGCCCCGCAAAUUGCUCCUUGAAAGAAACAGCCGUUCAGAUAUUUUACGAUACUCUGUGCAUAACCUACCUGAACAGUGUGUUCGAUCCAGUGAUUUAUUACUUUUCGAGCUCAACCUUCAAAGAUUCUUUGAAGAAAGCUCUUGUUGCUCUUAAACUAAGAUGUUUCGAAUUGGAAACAAACCCAGCAGGCCAAGCGAAAGGGAAACAAUCGGUUGAAUCUUCAAAAUUGUCCUCGGCUGACAAUAUCUGUGAUCAAUUUCAAACUGAGAUGAUAGAGAAUCUUUGAGUUGCCUGUCAAUUACAACUUGCUCUGUCUGGCUCAAACGUUGCCAUCCUGAAACAUAUUUCUUUACAAAUCAGGUAACUUGUUUUAAAAAAAAGCCCAGUGGGCACGUAACAGCCCCACAAUUGCAGACGUCUACAGAGGAGUAUGGCGAUCUCUAGAUAGAAAUAUAACGGAAUGGGACUCCAUCGACAUGUACAUUUAAUAAGAAAUGAAAUUGGUGCUUGCUUUUUUGUUCUUUUUGAGAGCGAUCGCUGAGGGGUGAUAGUGAGAGUUACGCACAGUUGGUGUGAGUUUGGGCAACUCUUAUCUCUAGAGCAAUUCGACCAUUUCAGUUGCACUUUCCUGCACAAUGACUUUGAUUGCUACUUUCAGACAGUGACUGCAAUAUCAACCAAGAAACAAUGCAGCCUUUGGCUAAGUGAACGACUCGCUUGACAGUACAGUAGUUCAUUUUAUUCUUUGGAACUACAGAAAGCCAGCUCAGAGAUAGUGACUCAGUUUUAAUGGCUUGCUAGCUUCUCCAAGGUCCUGCGUUCCACUGUGGGCACCUUAAGGACUUUGAGAAAACUAUAUAAACAUUUGGGACUUCCGUCAGAGAAUUCUGUGCCAUAGUUUGAAUUGCUGAAACUCCCUUAUCUUUUUACCAUUAACUCUGCACAAGUUUCUACAGGAAUUGAAUCAGAUGAGACAACAAAGCACAAUCUUUGCUCCCACAGCUGAUACCAUUAAUCUAAAUAGCUCCACCAGCAGAUGAGGCCUGCUACACAAGUUGAGGAACCUGGAGGAACUAUAAACUUUUACUGCUUAUACAUGUAGGAUUACACUCCAGCUCCUCCUGAAUCUACAGCAGUGCUUUUGGAAAAAAUGUUUAUUGAAUUAAAAUAUAAACCAACUGCUAAACAACCCAGAAUGCAGGAUAAUAGUACAAUGUUUCUGUCUGAUUGAAUAACAAUUGUGCAAGAGGGCCUAAAGAGAGCUUCAGGUCCCUCUUUGACAGAAAUAAGGCACUUAAGACUGAUUCACAUGAAUGUUGAGCUAAUUAGGUCUAACCACCAUUGAAUCACCCACUGUUAUCAUUCAAGAAUCAAUGUUGAUCAGAAAAGUAACUGGCCCAACAAUAGUAUAUUAUUGUUACAAGAGUAGUUCAGAAUCUGGGAAUUCUCUGAUGUGUAGCUCAAUGAUUAACCAUUCAAAGCCUUUCCACCAUCAAUAAAGGGACAAUUCAAAGAAUAUUUCCCACAUGUCUGGGUGUGUACUGUUCCAAUGACUUGUCAAAGCAGUCCAUUAAUCAUCUUCUAUAUUGAAAACCUUAGAACACAUCAUGGUAGCAGUGUGUACAAUCUACAAGAAGCAAUGCAAACAAUUCGCAAAACUUCUUUCAACAGCAUCUUCCAAACCGUUGACUUCAAGCACCUAGAAAAAUAAGGGCAGCAGACAUGUGGAAAAACGACCCACUGUGACUUAUUUUCCAAGUUACACAUAUUAUGACUUCCUUCAUCACCACUGGGCGAAAAGCCUAAAACCUCCUCUCCUCAGCACUGUAGGUGUGUGUAUAAUGCUUGGACUGCAGCAGUUCAAGACCAUCACCGUCUCAAGUGUUAUUAUGUAUGGACAAUAAAUGCUGUCUUUUUACUGUGGAGAAGGAUACUGAGGGUAGAGAAUGUGGGGAAAUAAAGAGCAACAUCUUGAAAAGUGUCCAAAUUAAAGAGGAGGAGAUCUGAAUGUCUAAAAAUGCAUAAAGGUGGAUAGAUCCCCAUGACCUGAACAGGUGUACCCUCCAAUUCUGUGGGAAGCUAGGGAAGUGAUUGCUGAGGUAUUUGUAUCAUUGAUACCCACAGGUGAGGUGCUGGAAGACUGGAGGUUGGCUAAUGUGGUGCCACUAUUUAAGAAAGGUGGUGAGCAAAAGCCUGGGAACAAUAGACUGAUGAGCCUGAUAUUGGUGGUGGGCAAGUUGUUGAAGGGAAUCCUGAGUGACAGGAUUUACAUGUAUUUGGAAAGGAAAGGACUGAUUAGGGAUAGUCAGCAUGGCUUAGUGAAUGGUAAAUCAUGUCUCACUAAUUUGAUUGAGUUUUUUGAAGAAGUAACGAAGAGGAUUGAUGCGGGCAGAUUUACAUGAUGUAAAUUGACUUCAAUAAGGUGUUUGCUGAAGUUCCUACUGAGAGACUGGUCAGCAAGGUUAGAUCGCAUGGAAUAGAGGGUGAACUAGCCAUUUGGAUUCAGAAUUGGCUCAAAGGUAGAAGACAGAGGAUGGUGUUAGAGGGUUGCUUUUUAGACUGGAGACCUGCGACUAUUGGAGUGCCACAAGGAUCGGUGCUGGGUCCACUGCUUUUUGUCAUUUAUAUAAAUGAUUUGGAUAUGAACAUAGGAGGUAUAGUUAAUAAGUUUACAGAUGAUACCAAAAUUGAAGGUGUAGUGGACAGUGAAGAAGGUUACCUUAGAAUACAAUGUGAUCAUGAUCAGAUGGGCCAAUGAGCUGGGGAGUGGCAGAUGGAGUUUAAUUUAGAUAAAUGUGAGGUGCUGCAUUUUGGAAAGGCAAAUCAGGUUAAUGGUGAGAUCCUGGGCACAGUUGCUGAACAAAGAGAUCUUGGAGUGCAGGUUCAUAUAUCCUUGAAACUCUUGUCACAGGUAGAUAGUUUGUUGAAGAAGGCAUUUGGUAUAUUUGCCUUUAUUGGUCAGUGCAUUGAAUAUAGGAUUUGGGAGGUCACGUUGCAGUUUUACAGGACACUGCAUGCAGUUCUGGUCUCCUUUCUGUAGGAAGGAUGUUGUGAAACGUGAAAGGGUUCAGAAAAGAUUUGCAAGGAUGUUGUUUGGGUUGAAGAGUUUUAGCUAUUGAGAGAGGCUGACUAGACUGGGGCUACUUUCCCUGGAAUGUCAGAGGCUGAGGGGUGACCUUAUAGAUGCUUAUAAAAUCAUGUGUGGUAUGGAUAGGGUAAAUAGACAAGGUCUUUUCUCUGGGGUGGGAGAGCCCAAAAGUAGAGGAAUCAAGCUUAAGGUGAGAAGGAAAGAUUUCAAAAGGACCUAAGGGACAGCAAGCAGUAUGUGUAUGAAAUGAGCUGUCAGAGGAAGUGGUGGAGUCUGAUACAAUUACAACAUUUAACAGGCAUCGGGAUGAGUAUAUGAAUAGGAAGGGUUUAGAGGCACAUAGGCCAACUGCUGGCAAAUGCAACUAGAUUUAUUUAGGAUAUCUGGUUAGCAUGGAUGAUUUUGACUGAAUGGUCAGUUUUCAUGCUGUAUAUCUCUAUGAAAAGGAGGUGCCAGUAUUGGACUGGGGUGUACAAAGUUAAAAAUCACAUAACACCAGGUUAUAGAGCAACAGGUUUAUUUGGGAGCACUAGCUUUCAGAGUGCUACUCCUUCAUCAGGUGGUUGUGGUGUAUAAGAUCAUAGGACACAGAAUUUACGCAAAAGUUUACAGUGUGAUGUAACUGAAGUUAUAUAUUGAAAACGACUUGGAUUACUUGUUAAGUCUCUCAUCUUUUGGAAUGGGCAUGUUGGCUUCAGUUCUUUCAGAUAUAAAUCCCAGAACUUCCUUAAGUUACAUUCUCAAGUGAACUUUAACAAUAGGUGCCAUAUUGGCCCAGAUAAUGCAUUGAAGGUGUGCGAUGCCCUGUGUGAGACUGUCUGUGCUCCAAUGUUCAGACUGAUUCUAAUCUAAAAAAGAGAUUUACAGACAUGGAUUCAUGCAGCUUUUGAGCAAACUAAAAUGUAAUUCUGCAAGUACAGAUUCACCCUAAAAACAUAUAUGAGUGUGUGUACAUGUUUGGGGUGGGGAGUGGAGGCACGGGGAGGUAUGAGAGUGUGUCAGAGAAUGUGUGUAUGUGUGUGGGUGUGAGUUUAAAGGGUUGUAAGUCUAUGAGAGGGUGCGUGUGUGAGUGUGGGAGUGUAUGUGUGAGGGUAUGAGAGAGAGCUUGUUUAUGAAAGAACUGAAACCAACAUGCCCAUGUACAUCUCUAUGACUGUUUGACUCUAAUUCUGAGACCCCAUGAAUCAAUUUAAAAAGCUAAAAAUGACCAGAUGUAAUUUGAGGUUGGGAAGCAUGAUUUUUCCUGAAAAUAGAUACAAGGAGAGCUCAUUUCUAUCUUUAUAACUUUUGUGUAACUGCUGUAUGCGUUUUGGAUAAAUACAGAUAAAUAUGGAUAAAUAGGGUUUGACAUUGAUUUAUUAUGUUUUAAACUCAUGAGACUUUGUACAAAACUUUGUUUGAUUGAUUAAAUUCAUAAGAACAUAGGAACAAGAGAAGACCAUUCAGCCUGCUGAGGCUGCCUCAUCACUCAAUGCAGAUCAUAGCUGACGGAAUACUUAAAUGCCUUGUACCCACCCCCCCCAUCCUAUAUGACCCUGUGUGUCACCAGGGAUCAGAAAUCUAUCAAUCUCUACCUUAAACAUACUCAAAGACUGAGCUUUUACAGCCCUCCAUGGUAGAGGAUUCCUAAGGUUUACAAGUGUCUGAGCUGCCUCAUCUCUGACCAUAUUUUGUUCUCCAGCCAGGGGACACAUCUUACCUGAAUCAAACACUGUCCAAUUCUUUAAGUACUAUGUAAGUUUCAAUGAGAUGUUCUUGUUCUUUGAAACUGUAGAGAAUAGAGGCUCUGUUUGUCCAAUUUCUCUUCAUUGCACAAGUCCUGUCAUUCCAGGAACAAGUCUGAUGAACCAUUAUUGCUCUCACUCUAUGGCUAUCAUAUCUCUCCUGAGAUGAUGACACUUCCAGGUGCGAUGUAUACAAUCUUUUAUACGGUUGAAGCAUGACUUUAGGAUUCUUGUACUCAAAUCCUUUUGCACUAAAAGUUGCUACAUCUGUAUGUUAACUCCCAGUGACUUAUUGACAAGGGUGCCUCAAAACGUUUUACCUUUUAAGAAAUACUCUGCACAUCUGUUUUCUUUGCCAAUGUAGAUAGCUUCACAUUUUUACACAUUACAUUUUAUCUGCCAUGCUGUAGACCAUUCACUGAGUCUUUCCAAAUCCUUUUGAAGCCUCUUUACAUCUUUCUCACAACACACAUUCCGACUUAGCUUUGUAUCAGUCACAAGUUUGGAAAUUUUACAUUUGUUUCAACUCUAAAUCAUUGAUAUAUAUAUAGUGAACAGCUGGGGCCCAAGUACUGUUCUUCACAGUACCCCCACCUGCUAGUGUGAGAAUGACCCAUUUAUUGUUACUCCUGUUUUCUAUCCAUGCCGGUACAUUACCUCCUUUCCCAUAUGCUUUCAUUUUUGUAACCAGCCUCCUGUGGGAAAAAUUCACUGAUCAAAAAUCUUCUGAUCCAUUAACUCCCAUUUGUCAAUUUUACUACUAACAUCUUUUUUAAAAACUCCAAGAACAUGAUUAAACACAAUUUCCCAUUUGCAAAUCCAUGCUGAUUGCUGAACCAGAUCAUUAUCAAUAAGGUACCUAUUUAGCGCAUUUUGCUUACUACAGACGUAAAGUUGACAGCUCUGCAGUUUCUUUUUCAGAUCAACAUAACAUUCAGAAAUGUAGCCAUGGGCAGGAGAAACAGAAACUGCAAAUCAACAACCUUACCACAUAUUGUACCAGAAGUAAUGGUUAAUUAAUUGCAAUCUAUCAGUUUCCUAAAAUUAAAUCGAGCUUUCCAUGAAAUGCUGUGAAUCUGUCAUUUCCUGUCGCUAGGUUGUAUAUUUAAAAUAAAGAUGAUGGGACUAUUUGCAGAUGAUGCUUUAAGUAUGCUAAUUUCAGCUAUGGGUUGUUCUUCCGAUAAAGUAUAUGACAGUUGCAGGGAGCUUGCAUUUCAAAGUGAUUUAGAUUUCACAAAAGAUGAGGUGUUAAGCGAAGAAAGAUGCAAUAAUUGAAAGGACAGAAUGAAUAAAACAUUGGAUAAAAUACUCUUCUUUUCAACAUAACUGCAACAAAACAAAAUUGUUAUAGAAGUCCAGUUGAAUUAUGAGAAACAAUGCCAUAACUGUUAAUAAAUGUAUUGUGAGAGACAAUACUGGUCCAAUUUUACCUUUUUUUUUAUCUUGUGGUACAUAUAAUUUGUUCACACGCUGCACUAAAAUAAUUGCAGAAGUGAACAUAAUAGUCUGUUCAUACUUUUGCUCUCUUUCUGGACACACAGUAAAAUGUGUAUGUUUUUGCGGCCACACAUAUUGC